UCCGCCCGCCUCCUUGCCGGAAGUCCCGCCCCUCCCCUGCGAGCUGCGCGCGCAGCCAUUGGCUCCGCGCUCGCUGGGCCGGCCCGGAGUCACCUUGGCGCCGGGAUCGCCGCAGCCGAAGCAGCCCUUGGACCCUGCGGGAGCCGUCAUGGCGGCGGCCGGGCCGGGGGCGGCGACGGCGAAGCCCAAGACCUCCCCCAAGUCCGUCAAGUUCCUCUUCGGGGGCCUCGCCGGCAUGGCAGCCACGGUGUUUGUGCAGCCCCUGGACCUGGUGAAGAACCGCAUGCAGCUGAGCGGGGAAGGCGCCAAGAAGAAGGAGUACAAGACCAGCUUCCACGCGGUGGGCAGCAUCCUCAAGAAAGAGGGCGUCCGGGGCAUCUACACGGGGCUGUCUGCUGGCCUCCUGCGCCAGGCCACCUACACCACCACCCGCCUGGGCAUCUACACCAUCCUCUUUGAGAAGCUCACCGGGGCGGACGGCACCCCCCCCAACUUCUUCAUGAAGGCGGUCAUCGGGAUGACGGCUGGCGCCAUCGGGGCUUUUGUCGGCACGCCGGCCGAGGUGGCCCUGAUCCGGAUGACGGCCGACGGCAGGUUGCCCCCUGAGCAGAGGAGAGGCUACAGCAACGUCUUCAACGCGCUUCUGCGGAUCACGCGUGAGGAGGGAGUGCCGACUCUCUGGAGGGGCUGCGUCCCCACCAUGGCCCGAGCGGUGGUUGUCAACGCGGCCCAGCUGGCCUCCUACUCUCAGUCGAAGCAGUUCCUGUUGGAUUCCGGCUACUUCCGGGACAACAUCUUGUGCCAUUUCUGCGCCAGCAUGAUCAGCGGCCUGGUGACCACCGCAGCCUCCAUGCCGGUGGACAUCGCCAAGACCAGGAUUCAGAACAUGCGCAUGAUCGACGGGAAGCCGGAGUACCGGAACGGGCUGGACGUGCUGCUGAAGGUGGUGCGGUACGAGGGCUUCUUCAGCCUCUGGAAGGGCUUCACCCCCUACUAUGCCCGCCUGGGCCCCCACACGGUCCUCACCUUCAUCUUCCUGGAGCAGAUGAACAAGUUCUACCGGAAGUUCUUCCUCAGUGCCUGAGGGGGGGGCAGGGGCUGCUGGGCCCCCUCCUCCAGUGCCCCUGACCCCUGAGGCCCUGCUGGGCCUGGAGGGGGGGGCACCUCCUCCUCCGCCUGCCUGCCUGCCCCCCCGGGGGGGGGGUGUCCGGAGAGGCCUCCCUUCCCUGUGGAGCCAAUCAUGAGGCCAGAGGUGGCUCCUCUCUAGGCGGUGGUAGCUGGGGUGGCGGGGUGGGGUGGGGGA